AUGGUCACACUCAUCAGCUUGACUCCAACAAUAAUCACACGACAACCAACUCCAAGCCAGGGAGAAGGAUUCAAUGUGACCUUCAUUAUCACCAACCUGCCAUUCACAUCAGCACAAGAAGAUCCAGCUACAGCAAAGAAUAUUAGUAACAGGCUCAACAAUGUGUUCAAUGAGAGUGACAUCAGAUUCAAAUUCUCAGGUUGCGUAGUACAAUCUUUCAGUCUUGUAAAUAUUGACCAGACAUCAGUGUACGCUCUGUGCACUUUCCAAAACACCACCGAGCUUGAGAACGUUGAUAAGGUUAUCGUCUACAGGACGUUCAGUGAAAACACAAACCAGAUCUCUGUCUUGGGAACAUAUACAUUGGACACCAACAGCCUCUAUGUAAAUGGUUAUCACGAAACAACUCCUUUAACCACACCAGGACCAACUGUGAAGGUAACCCCAAUUCCAACUGUCGAAGAAGCAUUUAAUGUCACCUUCAUCAUCACCAACCUGACAUUCAUACAAGAGCUCGAAGAUCCACAAUCUGAUCUCUACAAGUCUAGAACAAGUGAUAUUGCUAAUCGGCUUGACAAUAUGUUUAAUAACAGCGACAUCAGCCCAGCAUUCUCACAUUGCAAAGUAAAAUCGCUCAGUCUUGCAAAUUUUGACCAGACAUCAGUGUACGCUCUGUGUACUUUCCAAAACACCACCGAGCUUGAGAACGUUGAUAAGGUUAUCGUCUACAGGACGUUCAGUGAAAACACAAACCAGAUCUCUGUCUUGGGAACAUAUACAUUGGACACCAACAGCCUCUAUGUAAAUGGUUAUCACGAAACAACUCCUUUAACCACACCAGGACCAACUGUGAAGGUAACCCCAAUUCCAACUGUCGAAGAAGCAUUUAAUGUCACCUUCAUCAUCACCAACCUGACAUUCAUACAAGAGCUCGAAGAUCCACAAUCUGAUCUCUACAAGUCUAGAACAAGUGAUAUUGCUAAUCGGCUUGACAAUAUGUUUAAUAACAGCGACAUCAGCCCAGCAUUCUCACAUUGCAAAGUAAAAUCGCUCAGUCUUGCAAAUUUUGAACAGACAUCAGUGUACGCUCUGUGUACUUUCCAAAACACCACCGAGCUUGAGAACGUUGAUAAGGUUAUCGUCUACAGGACGUUCAGUGAAAACACAAACCAGAUCUCUGUCUUGGGAACAUAUACAUUGGACACCAACAGCCUCUAUGUAAAUGGUUAUCACGAAACAACUCCUUUAACCACACCAGGACCAACUGUGAAGGUAACCCCAACUCCAACUGUCGAAGAAGCAUUUAAUGUCACCUUCAUCAUCACCAACCUGACAUUCAUACAAGAGCUCGAAGAUCCACAAUCUGAUCUCUACAAGUCUAGAACAAGUGAUAUUGCUAAUCGGCUUGACAAUAUGUUUAAUAACAGCGACAUCAGCCCAGCAUUCUCACAUUGCAAAGUAAAAUCGCUCAGUCUUGCAAAUUUUGAACAGACAUCAGUGUACGCUCUGUGUACUUUCCAAAACACCACCGAGCUUGAGAACGUUGAUAAGGUUAUCGUCUACAGGACGUUCAGUGAAAACACAAACCAGAUCUCUGUCUUGGGAACAUAUACAUUGGACACCAACAGCCUCUAUGUAAAUGGUUAUCACGAAACAACUCCUUUAACCACACCAGGACCAACUGUGAAGGUAACCCCAAUUCCAACUGUCAAAGAAGCAUUUAAUGUCACCUUCAUCAUCACCAACCUGACAUUCAUACAAGAGCUCGAAGAUCCACAAUCUGAUCUCUACAAGUCUAGAACAAGUGAUAUUGCUAAUCGGCUUGACAAUAUGUUUAAUAACAGCGACAUCAGCCCAGCAUUCUCACAUUGCAAAGUAAAAUCGCUCAGUCUUGCAAAUUUUGAACAGACAUCAGUGUACGCUCUGUGUACUUUCCAAAACACCACCGAGCUUGAGAACGUUGAUAAGGUUAUCGUCUACAGGACGUUCAGUGAAAACACAAACCAGAUCUCUGUCUUGGGAACAUAUACAUUGGACACCAACAGCCUCUAUGUAAAUGGUUAUCACGAAACAACUCCUUUAACCACACCAGGACCAACUGUGAAGGUAACCCCAACUCCAACUGUCGAAGAAGCAUUUAAUGUCACCUUCAUCAUCACCAACCUGACAUUCAUACAAGAGCUCGAAGAUCCACAAUCUGAUCUCUACAAGUCUAGAACAAGUGAUAUUGCUAAUCGGCUUGACAAUAUGUUUAAUAACAGCGACAUCAGCCCAGCAUUCUCACAUUGCAAAGUAAAAUCGCUCAGUCUUGCAAAUUUUGAACAGACAUCAGUGUACGCUCUGUGUACUUUCCAAAACACCACCGAGCUUGAGAACGUUGAUAAGGUUAUCGUCUACAGGACGUUCAGUGAAAACACAAACCAGAUCUCUGUCUUGGGAACAUAUACAUUGGACACCAACAGCCUCUAUGUAAAUGGUUAUCACGAAACAACUCCUUUAACCACACCAGGACCAACUGUGAAGGUAACCCCAACUCCAACUGUCGAAGAAGCAUUUAAUGUCACCUUCAUCAUCACCAACCUGACAUUCAUACAAGAGCUCGAAGAUCCACAAUCUGAUCUCUACAAGUCUAGAACAAGUGAUAUUGCUAAUCGGCUUGACAAUAUGUUUAAUAACAGCGACAUCAGCCCAGCAUUCUCACAUUGCAAAGUAAAAUCGCUCAGUCUUGCAAAUUUUGAACAGACAUCAGUGUACGCUCUGUGUACUUUCCAAAACACCACCGAGCUUGAGAACGUUGAUAAGGUUAUCGUCUACAGGACGUUCAGUGAAAACACAAACCAGAUCUCUGUCUUGGGAACAUAUACAUUGGACACCAACAGCCUCUAUGUAAAUGGUUAUCACGAAACAACUCCUUUAACCACACCAGGACCAACUGUGAAGGUAACCCCAAUUCCAACUGUCAAAGAAGCAUUUAAUGUCACCUUCAUCAUCACCAACCUGACAUUCAUACAAGAGCUCGAAGAUCCACAAUCUGAUCUCUACAAGUCUAGAACAAGUGAUAUUGCUAAUCGGCUUGACAAUAUGUUUAAUAACAGCGACAUCAGCCCAGCAUUCUCACAUUGCAAAGUAAAAUCGCUCAGUCUUGCAAAUUUUGACCAGACAUCAGUGUACGCUCUGUGUACUUUCCAAAACACCACCGAGCUUGAGAACGUUGAUAAGGUUAUCGUCUACAGGACGUUCAGUGAAAACACAAACCAGAUCUCUGUCUUGGGAACAUAUACAUUGGACACCAACAGCCUCUAUGUAAAUGGUUAUCACGAAACAACUCCUUUAACCACACAAGGACCAACUGUGGAGGUAACUUCAAAUCCACCGCUGGAAGAAGCAUUCAAUGUGACCUUCAUUAUCACCAACCUGCCAUUCACACCAGAGCUGGAAAAUUCAGGAUCUCAACUGUACAAUUCUGCAGCAAAUGUUAUUGCUGAUCGGCUUGAUAAUAUUUUUAAUAACAGCAACAUCAGCCCAGCAUUCUCACAUUGCAAAGUAGAAUCGCUCAGUCGUGCAAAGGUUGACCACACAUCAGUGUACGCUCUCUGUACUUUCAAAAACAACACCGAAAUUGGGAAUGUCGAUAAGGUUCUCAUUUACAAGAAGUUCAGUGAAGAAACAAACCAGAUCUCUCUCCUGGGAACAUAUACACUGGACACCAACAGUCUCUACGUAAAUGGUUAUCACGAAACAACUCCUCUAACGACACAAGGACCAACUGUGGAGGUAACUUCAAAUCCACCGCUGGAAGAAGCAUUCAAUGUGACCUUCAUUAUCACCAACCUGCCAUUCACACCAGAGCUGGAAAAUUCAGGAUCUCAACUGUACAAUUCUGCAGCAAAUGUUAUUGCUGAUCGGCUUGAUAAUAUUUUUAAUAACAGCAACAUCAGCCCAGCAUUCUCACAUUGCAAAGUAGAAUCGCUCAGUCGUGCAAAGGUUGACCACACAUCAGUGUACGCUCUCUGUACUUUCAAAAACAACACCGAAAUUGGGAAUGUCGAUAAGGUUCUCAUUUACAAGAAGUUCAGUGAAGAAACAAACCAGAUCUCUCUCCUGGGAACAUAUACACUGGACACCAACAGUCUCUACGUAAAUGGUUAUCACGAAACAACUCCUCUAACGACACAAGGACCAACUGUGGAGGUAACUCCAAAUCCACCGCUGGAAGAAGCAUUCAAUGUGACCUUCAUUAUCACCAACCUGCCAUUCACACCAGAGCUGGAAAAUUCAGGAUCUCAACUGUACAAUUCUGCAGCAAAUGUUAUUGCUGAUCGGCUUGAUAAUAUUUUUAAUAACAGCAACAUCAGCCCAGCAUUCUCACAUUGCAAAGUAGAAUCGCUCAGUCGUGCAAAGGUUGACCACACAUCAGUGUACGCUCUCUGUACUUUCAAAAACAACACCGAAAUUGGGAAUGUCGAUAAGGUUCUCAUUUACAAGAAGUUCAGUGAAGAAACAAACCAGAUCUCUCUCCUGGGAACAUAUACACUGGACACCAACAGUCUCUACGUAAAUGGUUAUCACGAAACAACUCCUUUAACCACGGAAGCACCAGUUGUGGUGGUAACACAAAUUCCAAACCAGGGAGCACCUGCACUUCCGUUCAAUGUGACCUUCAUUAUCACCAGCCUGGCAUUCACAUCAGAGCUGGGAAAUCCUGAGUCUCCACUCUACCAUUCUGCAGCAAGUGUUAUUAAUGAUAGGCUUGACAACAUCUUUAAUAACAGCAACAUCAGUCCAACAUUCUCACGUUGCAAACUAAAAUCGCUCAGUCGUGUAAAUGAUGACCAGACAUCAGUGUACGCUCUCUGUACUUUCAAAAACACCACCGGGAUUGGGAAUGUCGAUAAGGUUACCGUUUACAAGACAUUCAGUGAAAAAACAAACCAGAUCUCUCUCCUGGGAACAUAUACACUGGACACCAACAGUCUCUAUGUAAAUGGUUACCACGAAACAACUCCUUUAACAACACAAGGACCAACUGUGGAGGUAACUCCAAAUCCACCGCUGGAAGAAGCGUUCAAUGUGACCUUCAUUAUCACCAACCUGCCAUUCACACCAGAGCUGGAAAAUUCAGGAUCUCAACUGUACAAUUCUGCAGCAAAUGUUAUUGCUGAUCGGCUUGAUAAUAUUUUUAAUAACAGCAACAUCAGCCCAGCAUUCUCACAUUGCAAAGUAGAAUCGCUCAGUCGUGCAAAGGUUGACCACACAUCAGUGUACGCUCUCUGUACUUUCAAAAACAACACCGAAAUUGGGAAUGUCGAUAAGGUUAUCAUUUACAAGAAGUUCAGUGAAGAAACAAACCAGAUCUCUCUCCUGGGAACAUAUACACUGGACACCAACAGUCUCUACGUAAAUGGUUAUCACGAAACAACUCCUUUAACCACACAAGGACCAACUGUGGAGGUAACUUCAAAUCCACCGCUGGAAGAAGCAUUCAAUGUGACCUUCAUUAUCACCAACCUGCCAUUCACACCAGAGCUGGAAAAUUCAGGAUCUCAACUGUACAAUUCUGCAGCAAAUGUUAUUGCUGAUCGGCUUGAUAAUAUUUUUAAUAACAGCAACAUCAGCCCAGCAUUCUCACAUUGCAAAGUAGAAUCGCUCAGUCGUGCAAAGGUUGACCACACAUCAGUGUACGCUCUCUGUACUUUCAAAAACAACACCGAAAUUGGGAAUGUCGAUAAGGUUCUCAUUUACAAGAAGUUCAGUGAAGAAACAAACCAGAUCUCUCUCCUGGGAACAUAUACACUGGACACCAACAGUCUCUACGUAAAUGGUUAUCACGAAACAACUCCUCUAACGACACAAGGACCAACUGUGGAGGUAACUUCAAAUCCACCGCUGGAAGAAGCAUUCAAUGUGACCUUCAUUAUCACCAACCUGCCAUUCACACCAGAGCUGGAAAAUUCAGGAUCUCAACUGUACAAUUCUGCAGCAAAUGUUAUUGCUGAUCGGCUUGAUAAUAUUUUUAAUAACAGCAACAUCAGCCCAGCAUUCUCACAUUGCAAAGUAGAAUCGCUCAGUCGUGCAAAGGUUGACCACACAUCAGUGUACGCUCUCUGUACUUUCAAAAACAACACCGAAAUUGGGAAUGUCGAUAAGGUUCUCAUUUACAAGAAGUUCAGUGAAGAAACAAACCAGAUCUCUCUCCUGGGAACAUAUACACUGGACACCAACAGUCUCUACGUAAAUGGUUAUCACGAAACAACUCCUCUAACGACACAAGGACCAACUGUGGAGGUAACUUCAAAUCCACCGCUGGAAGAAGCAUUCAAUGUGACCUUCAUUAUCACCAACCUGCCAUUCACACCAGAGCUGGAAAAUUCAGGAUCUCAACUGUACAAUUCUGCAGCAAAUGUUAUUGCUGAUCGGCUUGAUAAUAUUUUUAAUAACAGCAACAUCAGCCCAGCAUUCUCACAUUGCAAAGUAGAAUCGCUCAGUCGUGCAAAGGUUGACCACACAUCAGUGUACGCUCUCUGUACUUUCAAAAACAACACCGAAAUUGGGAAUGUCGAUAAGGUUCUCAUUUACAAGAAGUUCAGUGAAGAAACAAACCAGAUCUCUCUCCUGGGAACAUAUACACUGGACACCAACAGUCUCUACGUAAAUGGUUAUCACGAAACAACUCCUCUAACGACACAAGGACCAACUGUGGAGGUAACUUCAAAUCCACCGCUGGAAGAAGCAUUCAAUGUGACCUUCAUUAUCACCAACCUGCCAUUCACACCAGAGCUGGAAAAUUCAGGAUCUCAACUGUACAAUUCUGCAGCAAAUGUUAUUGCUGAUCGGCUUGAUAAUAUUUUUAAUAACAGCAACAUCAGCCCAGCAUUCUCACAUUGCAAAGUAGAAUCGCUCAGUCGUGCAAAGGUUGACCACACAUCAGUGUACGCUCUCUGUACUUUCAAAAACAACACCGAAAUUGGGAAUGUCGAUAAGGUUCUCAUUUACAAGAAGUUCAGUGAAGAAACAAACCAGAUCUCUCUCCUGGGAACAUAUACACUGGACACCAACAGUCUCUACGUAAAUGGUUAUCACGAAACAACUCCUCUAACGACACAAGGACCAACUGUGGAGGUAACUUCAAAUCCACCGCUGGAAGAAGCAUUCAAUGUGACCUUCAUUAUCACCAACCUGCCAUUCACACCAGAGCUGGAAAAUUCAGGAUCUCAACUGUACAAUUCUGCAGCAAAUGUUAUUGCUGAUCGGCUUGAUAAUAUUUUUAAUAACAGCAACAUCAGCCCAGCAUUCUCACAUUGCAAAGUAGAAUCGCUCAGUCGUGCAAAGGUUGACCACACAUCAGUGUACGCUCUCUGUACUUUCAAAAACAACACCGAAAUUGGGAAUGUCGAUAAGGUUCUCAUUUACAAGAAGUUCAGUGAAGAAACAAACCAGAUCUCUCUCCUGGGAACAUAUACACUGGACACCAACAGUCUCUACGUAAAUGGUUAUCACGAAACAACUCCUUUAACCACGGAAGCACCAGUUGUGGUGGUAACACAAAUUCCAAACCAGGGAGCACCUGCACUUCCGUUCAAUGUGACCUUCAUUAUCACCAGCCUGGCAUUCACAUCAGAGCUGGGAAAUCCUGAGUCUCCACUCUACCAUUCUGCAGCAAGUGUUAUUAAUGAUAGGCUUGACAACAUCUUUAAUAACAGCAACAUCAGUCCAACAUUCUCACGUUGCAAACUAAAAUCGCUCAGUCGUGUAAAUGAUGACCAGACAUCAGUGUACGCUCUCUGUACUUUCAAAAACACCACCGGGAUUGGGAAUGUCGAUAAGGUUACCGUUUACAAGACAUUCAGUGAAAAAACAAACCAGAUCUCUCUCCUGGGAACAUAUACACUGGACACCAACAGUCUCUAUGUAAAUGGUUACCACGAAACAACUCCUUUAACAACACAAGGACCAACUGUGGAGGUAACUCCAAAUCCACCUCUGGAAGAAGCAUUCAAUGUGACCUUCAUUAUCACCAACCUGCCAUUCACACCAGAGCUGGAAAAUUCAGGAUCUCAACUGCACAAUUCUGCAGCAAAGGUUAUUGCUAAUCGGCUUGAUAAUAUUUUUAAUAACAGCAACAUCAGCCCAGCAUUCUCACAUUGCAAAGUAGAAUCGCUCAGUCGUGCAAAGGUUGACCACACAUCAGUGUACGCUCUCUGUACUUUCAAAAACAACACCGAAAUUGGGAAUGUCGAUAAGGUUAUCAUUUACAAGAAGUUCAGUGAAAAAACAAACCAGAUCUCUCUCCUGGGAACAUAUACACUGGACACCAACAGUCUCUACGUAAAUGGUUAUCACGAAACAACUCCUUUAACGACACAAGGACCAACUAUGAAGGUAACUCCAAAUCCACCUCUGGAAGAAGCGUUCAAUGUGACCUUCAUUAUCACCAACCUGCCAUUCACACCAGAGCUGGAAAAUUCAGGAUCUCAACUGUACAAUUCUGCAGCAAAUGUUAUUGCUAAUCGGCUUGAUAAUAUUUUUAAUAACAGCAACAUCAGCCCAGCAUUCUCACAUUGCAAAGUAGAAUCGCUCAGUCGUGCAAAGGUUGACCACACAUCAGUGUACGCUCUCUGUACUUUCAAAAACAACACCGAAAUUGGGAAUGUCGAUAAGGUUAUCAUUUACAAGAAGUUCAGUGAAAAAACAAACCAGAUCUCUCUCCUGGGAACAUAUACACUGGACACCAACAGUCUCUACGUAAAUGGUUAUCACGAAACAACUCCUUUCACGACACAAGGACCAACUGUGAAGGUAACUCCAAAUCCACCUCUGGAAGAAGCGUUCAAUGUGACCUUCAUUAUCACCAACCUGCCAUUCACACCAGAGCUGGAAAAUUCAGGAUCUCAACUGCACAAUUCUGCAGCAAAGGUUAUUGCUAAUCGGCUUGAUAAUAUUUUUAAUAACAGCAACAUCAGCCCAGCAUUCUCACAUUGCAAUGUAGAAUCGUUCAGCCGUGCAAAGGUUGACCACACAUCAGUGUACGCUCUCUGUACUUUCAAAAACAACCCCGAGAUUGGGAAUGUCGAUAAGGUUAUCAUUUACAAGAAGUUCAGUGAAAAAACAAACCAGAUCUCUCUCCUGGGAACAUAUACACUGGACACCAACAGUCUCUACGUAAAUGGUUUCCACAAAGAAGCUUUGCCAACGGAAGAACCAAUCGUGGUGGUAACACAAAAUCCAAACCAGGGAGCACCAACACUGCAGUUUAAUGUGACCUUCAUUGUCACCAACCUGCCAUUCACAUCUCAACUACAAAAUCCCGACACUGUUCUCUACCUUUCUGCAUCGGCUAUUAUUGCUAAUAGGCUCGACAAUUUGUAUAACAAUAGCAUCAUCAACAAAACAUUUUCCAAUUGCAAUGUACAAAGCCUCAGCCGUGCAAAUAUUGACAACACUUCAGUGCAUGCAAUAUGCACUUUCAAAAAGGACCCCACUGUUCAGGACGUGGAUAGAAUCACCGUUUACAAGACCUUCAGUGAGAAGACAAACCAUAUUUCUGCCUUGGCAAGAUACGAUCUGGACAGCAACAGCCUCUAUGUGAAUGAUUAUCACGAAUCAGCUGCUUUACCCACGGAAGCACCAAUUGUGACACAAAAUCCAGACCAGGAACUGCCAACAUCUACGUUCAAUCUAACCUUCAUCAUCACCAACCUGCCCUUCACACUAUACCUCCAAAACAGCAAUUCUCAGCUCUUCAGAUCUGCCUCAGCCAUUAUUACCAAUAGGCUUAAGCAUGUAUUCAAGGGCAGCCCGAAGUUCACAGGAUGUACAAUAAGAUCUCUCAAUCGUGCAAAUGUUGACAACACUUCAGUGGAAGCAAUCUGUGUGUUCGACAAAAACCCUGCUGUUGCAAACCUGACAAAAGUUAUGGUUUACAAGAUGUUCAAGGAAAACACAACGCAGAUCUCAAUCUUGGGAACAUACUCACUGGACAGCAAUAGCCUCUAUGUAAACGAUUAUCACGAAACCACUUCAUCCGGCGGAGAUCCGAUUGUAACACCAACUCCCGAGCCGGAAUUGCCUAUUUUCAAUGUGAGCUUCAUCAUCAUCAACCUGCCCUUCACACGAUACCUCCAAAACCCAAAUUCUCAACUCCACAAAUCUGCCUUAGCCAUUAUUACUAACCGGCUUGAUAAUAUAUACCACACCAGCCCGGAGUUCUCACAUUGUACAAUAAGAUCUCUCAGUCGAGCAAAUGUUGACAACACUUCAGUAAAUGGGGUCUGCAUUUUCGACAAAAAACCCAUUGCUCAGCAAGUCACAAGAGACACAGUUUAUGAGAAGUUCAAGCAAAACACGGAGCAGAUUUCAACCUUAGGAAUGUACAAACUGGACAGCAACAGCCUCUAUGUGAAUGGCUACCAGCAAUUCAAACCAACCACACAGCCGCCAGUUACAGCCUCUGUUCCCCUUGAAUCAUUUGAUCUCGACUUUACAAUAUCAAGCAGGCAGUUCACAGAAGAACUUGCAAACAAAGAUUCACGUGACUAUAAAAGCCUAGAAACCGAUAUCAUUACCUCGCUUGCAGAGUUAUUUAAACAGAGCGCACUAAAGGACAACUUCAAAUACUGUGAGAUUACUGGAUUAAGUCGUGGAUCAGUCAAAGUCGCGAGCAAAUGCUUCUUCACGGAAAAGAAGAUAAACACACCCGUGAACUCAGGCACAGUUAGAACAUCAUUUUCUAAGGGAACAAAUGGCAUUAAACAGCUUGGAAAAUUCCAACUGAAAAGGAACGACCUGAAUGUUGCCCCAGAAAGAAGCCCACUUACUUUCAAGAUGCGAUUCACUAUAUUCAACCCGCUACCUGCCAGAGAUACAAUUAACACAAACAAUAUCAACACGACUCUUAUUAAUGAUAAGCUCAACAAUCUCUAUGAAAACAGCAAAUUCAAUGAAACCUUCAUAAAUUGCAAUGUUACUUCUCUCAGCUCCGUGGAUUCAGAGAGGACUACAAUUGAAUCCGUCUGUUCUUUCAAGAAUGUUUCGACUGAUCAAGAAAUAGACAAAGUUGCUGUAUUCCGCGAGUUCAAAAGCAACUUAAACCUGAAUAAGCUGGGGCCAUAUCAACUGAGCGCCCUUUCCGUAGAAGGCUAUGAAGAAGUGACAACAACAGUUACAACUGUGGGUCUCGUCUCACCUACAGCGACAGUAGAGUUUGGCGACUCAAGAUAUAAACUUGAAUUCACAAUAAUAAACCGAAAUUUUGACCCAGAGCUUCAAGAUACAAACUCUGCUGCAUAUCAGCAGUUUGUGAACCAAAUCUCUAUUACGCUCACAAAGUUGUUUAAGAAAAGCACCUUGAAGGACAACUACAAAAUCUGCAAAGUAACAGGUUUGAGACUCGGAUCCAUCAAAGUUACCUGCAAUUGCUACUUCAAACCAAAUGAAACCGUGAGUACAGUCGCAAUCCAAAACGAAUUUGUUGCUGGAACAAACAGUACGACCUGGCUUGAUGGAUUUCAGCUGAAAAAUGACAGCCUGUCAGUAGAAUCUCAAACACCAGACCUUAAUUCCAGCUCACGUUUACCAUAUUGGGCCAUCAUAGUUAUUGCACUGGCCUGUGUGUUUGCCGUGUUCCUGCUCUUCCUCUUGGGCUAUGUGAUAACACUUUGCACGCGAAGCAAGAUCCAGGGUUCCUAUAAUAUCAUGCAAACUCCUAUCGGUGUCUACUUUCCACAUAUGAACUGGAGGAAAUUGUUCUGAAUACUCCGACAGCAGCAACAAACGACAACGGAUUACAUUUGUAAAGCGCAACUGGGAAAAACGCAUCAGCACUUAGGUUGGGAAAAUGAAGGGGAUGGGGGGGGGACAAAAUGUAACGAAUCAUCAUUGGGAAGCAUUCCAGUUGGAUCUCUGUUUACUCUAUUUAAUCGUGUCCAGAAUUUGACAAAUUGUUGGAAUCGGUCUCAACUCUGAAGUCGCUUUGCUGCGAUUCUUAAAAGAUCUUACAGAAAACCAACUUCAGAGUUAAAGCUGUAUUUAAGAAUUUGAAAAACUUGUAGAUCGUCUGAAGCACUGCACAAAAGGACCCAGAGUAGGAUAUCUUCCCGCAUGUUAUUACGCUAAGCAUAACCAGGAAAGCUAAAGCUUGACAUUUUUGAAAUAUUUUAAAAUUUAAAAUGAUCUUCAUAUUAGAAAAUGAAACUUAUAUUUUUGCUCAAAGAUAUUUAUGGACUCCUCAAUGAAUGUAACUUAUUGUAGUAACUUUAGAAACAAAUGCAUUUAAGAAAAAAUUCUCAAGAGACAUGUAUGUGUGAUAUAUUUGCAUUGAUUUACUUUGAGUCGUGUUUAAUUUAUUUAGACUGUUUGUGCACAUUUACUUCAAGUCCUGAUGUGACAAAAUGUUAAAGGAGCUAUUAGGGAACCUUUAAUCUUCACAUUUGCAUAAGUGCAGAGUUAAGGUCAAUUAAUCUUCUUCAGUAAUGAACAACGCAAUGAAUACUCUUUUAAAUUAACACUGCAGGACUUGCUGUUAUUUUGUGUCGAACAUGUUAUGACAUUGCACGCAUACGGCUUUGAAAUCUCUGCAACGUUAAUUUACAUAGAGAGAGGCACUUUAAUGAGGCACUUGAUUAAAUUUUUUUUGCAUCAACUUCUAACUGCUGUGGUUUAACAACGAGAAAUAUAGUUUUGCUACAUCGACAUAUUUAUAGCAUUUUUAAAAUUCUGACAUAUGAAAUUAUAUCUGCUUUAUUUUUGUAAUCUUUGUUCCGCGUCUACUUUAAAUGCAGUGGUGCCAUAUAUCCGCUUAAUACUUGAAUGCAAUCAAAUAAAUUAUUUAAUGAUGAAUCUA